GCGUUUGCCGAUAUCGAGAGCUUUUUUGACUCAGGAAACAAACUUGCUGUACUUCGCUGUCUGCAUUUUACCUAUCAGGUGCAUUUAAGAAUUGGAGGAAAUAUGACAGAUCCUACCAAGCAGGAUAUUGUUGCUAUUUUCAAACGAUUACGUGCCCUUUCUACGAAUAAGGCAUGCUUUGACUGUUCGGCUAAGAAUCCCAGUUGGGCCAGUAUCACCUAUGGAGUGUUUCUCUGUAUAGACUGCUCAGGGACACACAGAUCCUUGGGAGUACACCUGACGUUCAUCAGGUCUACUGAGCUGGAUUCUAACUGGUCCUGGUACCAGCUGCGAUGCAUGCAAGUGGGCGGCAAUGCCAGUGCGAAUGCCUUCUUUGCCCAGCAUGGCUGUACAUCCAACGCCGCCAAUACCAAGUACAACAGCCGAGCCGCUGCUCUGUACCGCGAAAAGAUCAAGACGUUGGCAACACAGGCUACAAGGCGCUUUGGCACUGAGUUGUGGCUAGACAGCCAGGCGCCCCUCUCUCCAACCUCUCCCGUCAAGGAGAACGAUUUCUUCAGUAUGCACACACAGGCAUUCCCUGAUGAUCGUAACUCUGCCCAGACUAACAUAACUAGCUCUGCCCAGAUGAAUCUAAGCCCUUACCCAGUAGCAGAACCGUUGGCAAAAGAAACGGAGAGAGACAAAAACGGUAAUACAGAGGGUCCUAGUAUUGACGUACUAAGUGUGUCUCCUAAAGAAGCCUUAGAUGCUACCUCUCUUAUCAAGAAGAAACCAGCUGGUGCCAAGAAAACGCUGGGUGCUAAGAAAUGUGGCCUUGGGGGUAAGAAGGUGAGCAAUCAGUGUUUCUCCGAGAUGGAGAAAAAAGCACAGGCGGUGGACAAACUCAAUGAGAGUGACAAUUCUGGCCUGGCCUCCACCAAGAAGAACACCCAACCAGAGGAGUCCAUCGGUCCCUCCGUGCGACUGGCCUACAGGGACCUGGAGGAGCAGCGGAGGAGUAAUACAGAGAAGAUGAAGGGGAUGGGCGAUAAGAAGAAGGAGCAGGCUGAGAGACUGGGUAUGGGCUUUGGCAACAGGAGUGGUGUGUCUCACUCUGUGUUGUCAGACAUGCACAUCAUCCAGCAGGAGAGUCCACUGGGGACCAAGCAGCCCACUAAGACCCGGAGGUACAUGGAUAAAGAGGAAGAGGAAAUCGACGAAGGCUCUUUUACCUCCAGGAUGUCGAUGACCAAGUUUGACGACCAGACAGAAUCCUCUGAAAAAUUCUUCUCCAGUUGGAGUGAGGCUGGGGAGUCGGGUUGGAGGAAAGACAAGAAGCCCGAACCAGAUUUCUACCUGACAUCCAAAAGUUCCUCACAAGACGACCGGACUGCAGCUCGACGGAAAGCAGACCCAGUUCCUGUUUCAGACUCAGGCGAAGCCCGAAAGAAAUUUGGGGAUGUCAAGGCCAUCUCCUCUGACAUGUACUUUGGAAAGCAGGAUGACUCUGAGUAUGAGGCUAAGACUCGCCUGGAGAGGUUCUCGGCGAGCAACUCUAUCAGCUCAGCUGACCUGUUUGAUGACCCGAAGAAACAGACAGCUGCCAGCUCGUACCGUCUCAGCAGCAUUCUCCCCAGUGCUCCUGACAUAUCCCAGCUGAAGCUUGGGGUCCGCUCUGCAGCUGGGAGGCUGUCUGUGAUGGCCAGCGGAGUAGUCACCUCCCUUCAGGACCACUACAAUGCGUGAGCCCAGCGUGGGUGCCUUUAUUUGGACACACAACAUCCUUGCUUCUCCGGCCAUUGGAGUAAACAUCUUCAUGACCAACAGACACACCAAAUUGCCCAGAUUGCGUGGGGAGAAGGAAAAAAAGCAGAAAGAUGGGAAGGAGUGUGAGUGACAUUGUGUGGGCCUGAACACAGGCAGUAGCUAUACACCUCAACAGUUUAAAAAAAUAAUGAUGCAUUAAUCUAUAUUGGGGUGAUGUCACAUUGUCCUCUAUAGGGAAGAAAAUACUUUCAAUUUUAUUAGGAAGAAACUUUUUCUGCAUAUUAUUAUGUAAUCCUUUUCCAGGCUUCUAGUUUUGAUAUUUAAAUAUGUAUAUCCAUAUUAUUCAAUUUAUGUCUUACACAUUUAAUGUCAUAAUUGAGUGCGAGUUUGGUUUUGUUCCUCAUUAUCAGUGCAGUUGUUUUUGAUUUGUAUUCCAUCUUGGCUAGCGAAUGUUUUAUAUGUCGCCUUUUCCAAUGAAAAUUUAUUUUUUAUUUUAUGUCUAUAUGCUUUAUUAAUUUAAUGAUGUCAUUACUUUAAAGGCCAUUGUUUGAAUUUCCCUAGACAGCUCUUUUGUCACCAAAAAGAUGUCGCCAUGUUGUACACGUGUUUUACAUUUUUGGGUGCCUUCAAACCAGGACGCCUGCAAUGCUUCCUGCGUGUGGCGAUUCAGGCGUGUCCACUGGGCGUGUUUGGGUAUGGAACAUUGAGUUGGGAGAAACAUUGUUGUUUCGGUUUUUUUUUUUGCGUCAAGCACUAGUUAGGAUAGGUUGCAGCAAAAUUGUCUUCUGUAGAACAUGAUGGUCUAAAUCCACCCCAUUUCAAUCGCUCAUGUAUAACUGUACUUUGCUCCGAGAAGAUGUGUUUUUGCCGCGCAUUAGAAUUAUGUGCUAUUGGUUUGAAAGUGCCUUUAGUCUUGGAAGUGCACUUCAUGAGUCUCUUGAUUCAACUGAAGGACCAGCUAGUCACAGGGAGGCACUUUUCCAAGGGGGAGGCCUUCAUGUGUUGUUCCACUAAUGUAAUAGUGCUCAUGACAAUGUGUACAGAUAUUGUGUCAGGAUACGGCCAGGGACAAAGUAGGGUGAUCUCCGCAGCCAAAUCUGCUUUCCAUGUUACUCGGACUCAUCAAUUCAGGCCCAGGAAAGAGGACUGAAUCAGAGUAUUGACACUUGCCCAAACACAGGCUUAAUUCCCUGUGUGAAUACUGUCAAAUAAUCAUUUUUUUUUAUACUCUCUCGUCUGUGAUUAUGCUCCUCUGUUAGAAGAACAAUUGACACAAAUUCACACCUGUGCAAAGAAUACAAGGAAAAUAAUCUAAGACAAGUUGGAAGUAGCCCUCAAGGCUUUCAGUGACCGACCCGUUAGCUGCCCUUGCAAGGGGCAUGCCUUGCAUGGUUUUAGUGAAUGGUAACUUUAGCCCUUUGCCGAGCAGAUUCAUCAUAAAGAGUCUUUGUGAACUAUAUUUUGCAGAUUGUUAAAUUUAGAGUAUAUUUUGGGGGGGGGUUAUUUGUUUUGGUAUGGGUUGCUCGACAUUAACUGGCCAUUGCUGGAGGUAGUUGUGGCCGCCACCUACCCAACUCCCAGAUUAUUUUAUGCGCCUUAUUUCUUCACUAUGGUGUGUUUUCUCAUUGCAACUCAUAUGUAGUUUAAACACAAAGACAUGUAUUUAAUUGAGACAUGUACAGACAUUCUUUAAAAUAUUGCCAAUUUGAAUCUGGACUUGUAUAUUGUGUAAUUCAGUGAUAAUUUAGUUUCCUUGUACUGUAUUUAGGAUUGGGGAAAAAAAAAAUUUGUUGCUUGAAUAUAUAAUUUUGCACUUAAAGUUUUGUCUCUGAUUCUGAAUCUUGUAUACCAAAAAUCUGUUUUUGGACACGAGCUCUAGAAAAGAGUGUCAUCAAGCAGUGUAUGGUUGAUGUAGGGUAUAGCUGAUCAGUGAAAUAAAGGCCCGGUGUUCAACACCUGAUUUUC